UCCGGCUUUGCCGCAGACCGCAAGGCACUUCUGACUGCCACAAACAAGCUACGCAACGCUGCCGGCAACGUCUAUUACAACGAGAAUUGCACCGGUGCGGUCGUGGGUCAGCAACCCUUUGGAGGAGGACGAGCGAGUGGGACCAACGACAAAGCUGGGAGUAUCAGCAUCUUUUACCGGUUCGUUUCGGCGAGAAGCAUAAAGGAGAACUUCGUGGGCAUGGAGGACUUCCAACACCCGUCGAACUUGAUUUGA